UUUAAUCUCUCUAAUUCUGGAAAUAUUUCUAAAUGUUUCUAAUUUAUUUUGAGGAAAGGCUAAUUUAUGAAAGAAGAAAUAAUAUAAUUAUCUAAUCAAAACUACCACAAACCUGCUGAACUGUUAUUUACAUAAAAUCCUAAACUUCGCUUAACAAUUUCGAAAGGUUCCCGCCAUGAAGCUCGAAUCUUUGGAGCAGCGAGAAUCGAGCGCUCGAUUGUGCCACGAGCAUACAUAUACCGGAAGCUCGGUCGACUCGUCCUUUUCCGGUGCGGCGUGUCACAGGCGUAUAGGUAAUAUUUUUCGUCUUACAUUAUCGCUACACAAUACGUUAGUUUCAUCGACUGCGAGACGGUGUGUUGGCUUUCCAUUGAAACGGGCGUGGUUCCUCGCUCAGUCGGCGUCGUUUCCUCGACGUCGCGAUACGUACGGACGAUACAAAAUCGAGAAGACGUGGCUUCACGAUUUGGCACCGUCCUGCCUCGAUAUUUAAUGGAAAACCUGCCUUCCGUCUCUUAUAACAUCUUGGCUUGUUCACUUGGCAUGGCGACGUCGCCGUUAACAUUCAUAGAGUCAUCCAUUCGUUCAGACGUCGCCGACAGUUGGUGUGAUUCAUCCUACCUAUCCACGUACGUAACGAGAGGAAUCCAAGGUAGAAUUAGCGCGAGUUGCUGAGCCCUCGAAAAAAUUCAUUCUUUAUUAUACGGGGUAUGUAUUUAACAUUUUGUGACGCGUUUCCAAUUUUUUUUCCCGCCAGUCUCCGCGCGAAAAGUUUGACAGAACGUUAUUUAUUCGAAUAUUUAGAUUUUUUCAUAUUGAUUUCUCGACUCGCGACGAAUAUUAUGCGAUUUUCCCCUUGUCAAAAUCGUAAUUUUCGUUCCGUUUAUAGAGACAUCGUAUUUCUCAAUUUCGCGUAAAAAUUUUGAAGAUAAUCGAUAACGCGUAAGAUUCUCUAUCGUGCGAUAUAUAUUUGUAUAACAAAAUUAAUCAGUCGUUAACGUGAUAUUCCUUUUCGAAAUUGGGAUUACAUAUUUCAUUUAAAGCUUCCCUCUUAAUCGUAACAGCAGUUUUUACCGAAUCGAUUUUUGUUUAAGACGUUUGAAAAAAUGUCGAGGAAGCGCUUUUGAAGUGUAGGUUGUCGCCCGCGCCAUUUUCAGCAGCUAGGUAAUUGCGUAUAAAGUACAAUACGACCGAGUGACGAAGUAAUCGAAAGAGCAUCGUGACGCACGCAUUCUGGGUAAAAUCGUUGUUGCUCAAAAUGGCUGUCGAAGGAGCGAUUUCCGUUUCUAAGUCUGUUCUAUAUCGGGGCUCCGUUCCGUUGAUUUUAAGAGAGCAACGCGCGAAUCGUUGAAUUGACCCGGGAAAAAUCGUGGAAUAAUUUUCGCUCCAUUAAUUCGCCUCUUAUCGUGAUAUUUUACACCGCGAAAGUUUCUCGAGAGAAAUAUUUUUUACGCUUUAAUGAUUGCUUUUCCGGUUCGUAGACGCACGCAAAGACGGAGGAUCGUGUAACGCGUGCGCCGUUCGAUUCUCCUCUCCCCACCCAGCUGAUCCAUCGCCGCCGCGUCCAAUAGACUUCGUCGUCUUUGCGCUGCGACGACGGAAUUCGCUGGCGAGAGGGAGGAUCUGAUGACGAGAUGGCGCGCGCGUUGCAUGUCGGGACGACGGUUUCGCGGAGAGGGGGGAGAGUGAGAAGAAGCGACUCGAGUUCACAAAAUGGCGGUCUAGCUCGCAGGUUCGUGACCAUAUAGCACACGAUAGUCGAAUAAUUUGCCGUAAUGUCGAACCGCCAACCUCAAUAGCGAUUUGUUAUCGCGGACACGUGUACGCGUGACGGUGCUACGAUUGGAUUCUGCGCAAUUUGCAUGCGGAUCGUUAAGAAUACGACGGGUCGUCGGUGCGACGCGUAGACGGGACCAUGCAGAAAACAUUAGAAUCUGAAUCCGGUAAGGAAUCCGGAUCCGAUUCGGAGAAUGACAGCAAAAGCGAUAGCUCCUCUUCUGGAAGUAAUAGCGGUUCAGCAUCAGGAUCUGAUAGUGACUCUAGCUCCUCGAGCGGUUCCGGUUCCGGAUCAGGCUCUGACUCAGAAAAGUCAGAGAAGUCAGAUGCACCUGCUGCACAAAGCGAUAGCUUCCAGAGCAAAAGCUCGAAUCACAGCACAGAAACAAAGCUUAGAGUUAAACAUGAGUCUAGCCGUGAAUGGGACGAGAAUCCUGACAUAUAUGGCAUCAGGAGAUCGGGACGUUCCAGGAAGGAACCUGACAGGCUCGCGACAAAUCGCGAGAGCGACAGCGAUGGUCGCAAGAAGUUUAAAAAGAAAGGUUCACACAAUUCCUGGAAUUCUGAAAGUUCAGAUUCCGAAUCUGACGAAAUUGAAAAUCGAAGGCCGCCUCCUAGCAAGUCUUUAAACAGACGCGCGGCGCAAAAAGCAAAAGAGAAAGCCAAAGUGCGAAAGAAGCGAAUUUCUGAAUCUUCUGAAAAUUCUUCCUUUGAUAGUGAUGACAAUAGAAGGCAAGUCACUAGACGGACUGGCACAGCAGUUAGCUAUAAAGAAGAAAGUGAAGAAGGAACUGAUAGUGAAGAUUUGGUUGAAGUUGAAGAAUCGAAUGCUGCAUCAGCAGAACCUGAUAAUGCGGAAACUAUUGAACAAAUUUUGGGACAGAGAAUGGGCAAGAAAGGAGUUACCGGCAACGUGACAACAAUUUAUGCUGUCGAAGAAAAUGGCGAUCCCAAUCCAAAGGAUCUAAGUAAUGUAGAGACCGAAGUACAAUAUUGGAUAAAAUGGAAAGGUUGGUCUCACAUACACAAUACAUGGGAAUCAGAGGAAUCUUUGAAAACACAAAAGGUGAAAGGAUUAAAAAAGUUAGACAAUUUUAUCAAACGUGAACGUAGACUGGAACAGAUGAGAGAAUGUAUUGAAUCAGAAGAUUUGGAAUAUCUUGAAUGUCAAUUGGAACUUAAAAAUCAACUUUUGAAAAGUUACAACAACGUUGAGAGAAUUAUAGCUGAUUAUAAGAAACCAGACUCGGAACAUCCUGAUUAUUUCUGUAAAUGGGAGAAUCUACCAUAUGCUGAGGCUACAUGGGAAGAUGGAGCUUUGAUAGUGAAGAAAUGGCCAGAAAAGAUAAAAGAAUUUCGCGACAGGGAGGAUUCUAAAAGAACACCAAGCAAACAUUGUAAAGUUCUUAAAUCUAGACCUAAAUUUUAUCAAUUGAACGAACAGCCUACUUAUAUGGGCAAAGAAAAGGAUUUAGUAUUGAGGGAUUAUCAAAUGGAUGGAGUUAAUUGGAUGAUUCACUCUUGGUGUAAGGAAAACAGUGUUAUAUUAGCUGACGAGAUGGGUCUCGGCAAAACAAUCCAAACAAUAUGCUUCCUUUAUUAUCUUUUUCACACGCAACAACUUCAUGGACCGUUUUUAUUAGUAGUUCCUCUGUCAACAAUGACUUCCUGGCAAAGAGAAAUGGCUCUAUGGGCACCUGAUAUGAAUUUCGUCAUUUAUUUGGGUGAUGUCAAUUCGCGCAAUGUUAUUAGAGAAUAUGAAUGGUGCUAUCGAGGAUCGAAGAGAUUAAAAUUCAAUGUCAUACUUACAACGUACGAAAUAGUACUUAAAGAUAAAGCACUGUUGGGUGCCUUAAAUUGGGCAGUACUGCUAGUGGAUGAAGCUCAUCGAUUAAAAAACGACGAUUCUCUUCUGUACAAAGCACUUAGCGAAUUUCACACCAAUCAUCGUUUGUUGAUCACUGGUACUCCAUUACAGAACAGCUUGAAAGAAUUGUGGGCUUUAUUACACUUCAUUAUGCCUACCAAAUUCGUCUCAUGGGAAGAAUUUGAGAAACAACAUGAUAAUGCUGCACAAAAAGGAUACUCCAAACUACAUAAGCAAUUGGAGCCAUUUAUUUUGCGCAGAGUUAAAAAGGACGUUGAAAAAUCUUUACCCGCUAAAAUUGAGCAAAUUUUACGGGUAGAAAUGACUUCCCUGCAAAAACAAUAUUAUAAAUGGAUAUUGACUAAAAAUUACGAUGCAUUAAGAAAAGGCAUGAAAGGAUCCAGUUCGACAUUUUUGAACAUCGUGAUCGAAUUAAAAAAAUGUUGCAAUCAUGCUUUUCUUACAAAACCGAACGAGGCCGAAAGGGAAAAAGGCAAUGGGGAUUAUUUGCAGACACUCAUCCGUGGUUCCGGAAAAUUAGUACUUUUAGAUAAAUUAUUAGUGAGAUUGCGUGAUACUGGACACAGAGUACUAAUAUUCAGUCAGAUGGUCAAAAUGUUAGACAUUCUCAGUGAAUAUCUGCAAAAAAGACAUUUCCCAUUCCAAAGAUUAGAUGGCAGUAUAAAAGGGGAACUGAGGAAACAGGCAUUAGAUCACUUCAAUGCUGAAGGAUCACAGGAUUUUUGUUUCCUAUUGUCAACGCGAGCCGGCGGUCUCGGCAUUAAUCUUGCCACUGCGGAUACUGUGAUAAUUUUCGAUUCCGAUUGGAAUCCGCAAAAUGAUUUGCAAGCUCAGGCCAGAGCACACCGAAUAGGACAAAAGAAUAAGGUCAAUAUUUAUCGACUGGUUACCAAAAAUUCUGUCGAGGAAGAAAUCGUAGAACGUGCAAAGCAGAAAAUGGUCUUGGACCAUUUAGUGAUACAGCGAAUGGAUACAACCGGACGGACGGUAUUGGAUAAGAAGAAUGCAGGGACCAAUAGCAAUCCAUUUACCAAAGAAGAUUUAACUGUUAUUUUGAAAUUCGGCGCAGAGGAUCUGUUUAAAGAUGAAGAAGAUGGAGAUGAAGAACCAAUGUGUGAUAUCGAUGAAAUAUUAAGAAGAGCUGAAACAAGAGAUGAAGGUCCGACGACAGUUGGCGAUGAAUUAUUGUCCGCUUUUAAAGUAGCUAGUUUUAAACCUACUUUUGAAGAAGAUUUGGAACCUAUUAAUCAGCCGAAUGAUAACGAUGAUGAAAGUAAAGACUGGGCUGAAAUCAUUCCGGAAAACUUUCGAAAGAAAGUAGAAGAAGAAGAGAAGUCGAAGGAAAUGGAAGAUCUUUAUUUGCCACCGAGAAGUCGGAAAACACUUCAGCAAAUCAAUCAGAGCGAAGGAAGAAGCAGAAAGCGUAAAAAGGUACAGGAUGAUAGCGAAGAAGGGGAGGAGUCGGGUAGCGAGGUGGAGGGUAGUGACGAUGAAAGACCUAAGAAAAGAGGUAGACCGAGAGUCUUGCCGCGCGAGAACAUCAAGAGUUUCACAGAUGUUGAGAUACGAAGAUUCGUUAAAAGUUAUAAAAAGUUCCCGGCACCCUUGAAACGAUUGGAAGAUAUCGCAGCUGAUGCUGAUUUACAAGAGAAACCAAUGUCGGAAUUGCGCUUCUUGGGCGAACAAUUGAAAUCUAGAUGCGACAUGUGCUUAGUCGAAUUUGAGAACACGGCGAAAGAGAAUAAAACUGGCGAGGAAGAGGGCAAGGGACCUGGUCGUAAGAGAGGACGAGGACCUACUUUCAAGAUGGGCGGUGUUAUGGUGAACGCGAAAUCAUUUUCAGCCGCAGUUAAAGAACUUGAACCUUUGGAGCAAGCUUUGCCAUCCGAUCCCGAGCAACGCGCCAAUUGGCACCUCGACAUUAAAUCAAAGCCAGCAAACUUUGAUUGUGAGUGGACUUCCGAGGAUGAUUCGAGAUUAUUAAGAGGUAUAUAUCAACAUGGCAUGGGUUCGUGGGAAGCAAUAAAAAUGGACGCUAGUUUGGAAUUGGGAGAUAAGAUUUUUCCUAAUGGCAGUAAAGUACAACUCAAACGUGUGAACGCACGUGCGGAAUAUCUUCUGAAGAUUUUGAAGAAACAGAUUGAUCUUAAGUUAGGAGUGGCACGAAUGAGAAAACCAAGGAAGACUAAGGAAAUGAAAACAGCAAUCACUAAAGAGAUUGUAGAAGAUAAUGAUACUUCUGGUGACGAAACUAAGAAAUCAAAAUCUAAAAAUGAUAAAUCUGGAAUUAAGAAAGAAGAAGAUAUUGUUGCAAAGAAAGAAGUAAAGGAUGAAAUUGAUGAUUUAUCUGAUGAUAAAAAAAAGGAUAAGAAGAUUAAAAAAGAAAAGAAAGAGAACAAGAAAGCGAAGAAAAAUAAGCAAGCCGCAGGUCCUAUGCAUUUUACUGCAAAUAACGAACCAAGAGCUGUUGAUGUAAUUGGUGAAUUGGAUCCUCCAAUAUUUGAUGAGUGUAAGGAAAAAAUGAGGCCAGUGAAGAAAGCAUUAAAGGCUCUGGAUACACCAGAUAUGUCUCUGAGCGAGGAGGAGCGAGUCGCUCGUGCGCGUCGAUGCCUUUAUCAAAUCGGAAACCAUAUCAAUACAUGUCUUACGGAAUAUAAAAAUCCUGAACAAAUAAGUGAAUGGAAAAGUAACCUCUGGUACUUUGCUUCAAAGUUCACAAAUUUCAAAGCAAAGAAGCUUUAUAGAAUGUAUAAGAAUUUGGUAAAACAAGGUGGCGAUAGCAAUGGCGGUACUACAUUGAGUCCUGACAAAAAAGAAGAUGCUUCCAAUACUACAAAGAAACAUAAUGAAAGAUCGUCUCACGAUAAACAGACGGAAAGUAGCAGCAGUAACAAAGACAGCAGAAUAACGAAACGUAAAAUUGACGAUACUGAGGAGAAUUCAAAUAGUAGUACACAAAGUAAGAAACAGAAUAUUUCUAGUGUCAGCAGCAAUAUCAGCAGCACGUCCACCGUUACUAUCGGUGCUAUUACGAUUACUCCUAUAACAUCAACGCCAAAUUCCACAUCAAGUACUACUAACAGCGCAGAAACAUCACGACAUAAAGAGCAAAAAGAAUCGAAGCAUAAAGAUAUGAAAAGAGAUAGGGAGCGUGACAGAGAUCGAGAUAGAGGACACAAUGAUAGGGGUAUGGAUAGGAUAAGCGGAGGAAAGGACGACAGGAUCAGAAGAGACAGUGGAGGAUAUAAUAUGGGGCAUUAUAGUGGCAGCAGAGAGGACGAUCAUUGGUUACCCAGAGAUGGAAGAGACAUGAGAGACGGCAGGUACGGAUUCGGAGAUCACAAACGCGAUCGCUUCGAUAUUUAUGGCCGAAUGUCAGGCGGUUAUCACAGAGAUAGAGAUAGAGAUCGAGAUCGUGGUAUGCACAUGAAUGACAAGAGAAGUGAUUAUUACCGAUAUUCGUCGGGACCGCCAAGUUAUGGAUACAAUCCGGGUAAUUAUGGCGAUAGUAGCGGUGGUGGCGGUUAUCCUCCAACGGAUAUCGCACCGGGUCAUUUUAGAGGUCGCGGAUAUGGAGGAGAUAGCUAUUCUAAUUGGCGGCCGAACAAGGAUUAUAGGCGAGACUAUGAUAGAAGGCCACCACCACCAAAUGCCAACUCCUAGUGCUUCUUUCCUCUUCGGUUGUGACGUAGUAGCAGUACCAUCUUAUAUAUGAUCUUAAAUGAAAGCUGGUUUUACGUGUCUCUACGUGUAAGAUAUGGUGAUAAACAUGCGAUGUACAGUAAUCAUGUGACAUGAAUAAGAAUACAUGUAUAUAUAAAAAUCUUGACGCUGCAGCGUGUUGGUUGCUAUAGAAUACUCUAAAAUACUAGACGGAACGUAUUCUGAACGCCCUGAAGCGUCAAUUGAACCAUAUUUUCUGCCGGAGUAUCUUUCGUUAUGUAUAAUAAAUAAACUGCUUCCGCGCUAUGCGCAUAUUUUGCAUUUUCGACAUUGUAUGUAAAUAUGUGCGUAAAAUAUUCAGUUUAGAUAUAUUGCUCACGCACAUGAAUGCAAAAAUUGAAAUCCCAUAAUAUCUCGUUUCACUUAUCAUUACGAAUUAUUCUGAUUCUAUUCCGACAUUAUUAAAUAUUUGACUGUGUUAACAAUUAAAUAGAAAUGGACAUUGUGUAGCAAUGUCUAUAAAAUUGUACAAAUUGUUUUAUUAAUUA